ACCGUGCAACAUCACCAAGGCAGAAUCACAACAACAAGAAGUCGUCAUCGUGUGAGGGUCUGGAGGUGACACACUGUCCUCAUCCCCUCACGAAAGUCAUGGACGUGGAAUUACCCACCGAAUAUGACGUGAUUGUGGUGGGCACAGGGUUGAUAGAAUGCAUUGUUGCAGCAGCUUCAGCUAGGAUUGGGAAGAAGGUCCUACAUAUUGAUCAAAAUGACUAUUAUGGAGGAAAAUGGUCUUCCUUCACACUACAAGGGAUUGAUCAAUGGACUGGGAGUGUGGAGAAGGGGGCUGUAAAGGAUAACAAAGCAGAGAAGUGCGAGUUAGAUGAUGGGGAAAAGGCUGUACCUACAUGUGACCCCAAUCGGGGAUACUCUAAAAUCAAACAGGAAUGGCAUGUUCCGAAGAAUGAGGAGGUGCCAUCCAGUGCAGAACCUGUGGAACCCGCAGCAGAAGCAACUGCCGAGAAGGCUGAGGAGGCGAAACCAGCUGAGGAACCAAGUGAAACCGAGGGGGGCUCCAAGCCUGAGACUGGUGCAGAGACACAGAAGGAGAGAAAGAAGUGGUCUCAAGAGGCUAUGAUGAAACUGACGAGAAAAUUCAACUUAGAUCUAACCCCAAAGCUGUUGUAUUCACGUGGUGCUCUUGUGGAACUUUUAAUUUCAUCAAAUGUUGCAAGAUAUGCAGAGUUCAAGUGCAUCACUCGAAUUCUGACAUGGCAUGGCUCCUCUUCGGACGAGGAGAGUUUGGUCAUGGUCCCCUGCUCGAGAAGCGAUGUCUUCACAGCCAGCAGCAUUUCCCUGGUAGAAAAACGUCUGCUCAUGAAGGUUUUGGAGUCAUGUCAGAGCUAUGAUCAGCAUCCCGAACAGUUUGAAGAGUAUAACGACAAGCCUUUCAUAGACUUCUUAAAGUCUCGCCAGCUGACUGACAACCUUAUUCACUAUGUAACGGAAUCUAUUGCCAUGGUGCCCAAGGACUCGACUUGCCGUGAGGGGCUGGAGAAGAUGAAGCUCUUCCUCUCCAGUUUAGGAAGAUAUGGAACGACUCCCUUCCUCUUUUCCAUGUAUGGCUGUGGGGAACUUCCUCAGGCUUUCUGCAGACUUUGCGCAGUGUUCGAAGGCACGUAUGUACUUAGGAGGGGAGUCUCAUCCAUUGUAUUUAAUGCAGAAGGCAAGUGCGCGGGGCUAAUAUCUGAAGGACAGCGUUUUAGGUGUUCUAACUUGGUAAUGGAUGUUGAUUAUGCGCCCCAGAAUUAUGCUCCAGCCAAGAAUGUAUCAACAAAGCAGUGUAUAUCAAGAGCAAUCUUCAUCACAGACAGGUCAAUCAUGCCAAAUGACAAGGAGCAGCUGACUUUCCUGCGCUUCCCGGCCAAGAACGGCAACACUAAGCCUAUCAAUGUCCUGGAGAUUGGGAGUGGAUCUGGAGUGUGCCCUAAAGAUCUGUAUUGCAUUCACAUGACAUGCCUUGGAUAUGAUGCUGAGGAGGAUUUCAAAUCAUCAGUAGAGAAACUGUUUGCUACAGAUGAGGACUCAGACAAACCAAAGAUUUUGUGGUCUUUAUACUUCAAUCAGGAGGACUUCUCAGGUGUCGACCUCUCUUCAUGUGGCACCUCCAACCUACAUCUUUGCUCAGGACCUGACUCGCAGCUAGAUUACGAUUCUGCUAUUUCUCAGGCACAGUCAGUGUUCUCCCAAAUGUUCCCGGAGGAAGAAUUCUUGCCUCGUGCCCCAGACCCAGAGGAGAUUGUCUUUGAUAAUGCUGGAGCAGAGCCCAAAGAAGGUGAUAACUUCGAGAGUAAACCAGAGGAAGCCGAAGACGCUAAGGGAGAAGGAGAAGCUGCAGAGAAACCAAGCGAGGAGUAGGAGGCGGUCGCUUCACGUUAGGGUUGUCUCUUUUCUCCCAGUUCUUCACGUUCUGAGCCAAAGCCUCACACCAGCAUGGUCAAACAUCGUACAUGUUGUAGAGCUACUUGUGCCUCAGUGAUUAUUUAUUGAUACUUUAUCGCCAGGCUGUGUGAAUAGUUGGUAAAUUACCUUGUACAUCAUUCCUGUAUCGGCAUUAACAAUUACAAUGUAUUUUCCUAAAUCAUGUUAGUGUCUCGGUUAUUUAUAGUAUUGUAAUUUUUUUUUGUGCACUCAAACACCUCUUAAGCAUCUUUUUUUCUCAUUUCUUGUCUUUCCUGAAGAGAAAGGAUGCUUAGUAAUGGUUGUAAAAGAUUGUUCAGUGUACUGCUAAAAUCUUUUUUAUUUUUUGUUUGAUGUUGGCAUGAUAAUUCAGGAUAGAUGUAAAACUCUUUCAUUUUGUACAAUGAUUAUAGGACAACAUAUCAGAUUUAAACACACACACACACACACACACACACACACACACACACACACACACACACACACACACACACACACACACACACACACACACACACACA